GGGGGGGACGGGCAGCGGGGUUCGGAGCGGUAUUGCGGGCUUCGGGGGCUGCCCGGCCCGGCCCGGCCCGGCCCGGUCCGGUCCACCAUGACCAUGAGCUCCGUGGCCGAGAGCCUGUUGGGACCCGACCCCUCCAAAGCUGCUUUCCUGGAGCUCGGUCACCCCUCGCCGCCUCACUACCCGCUGCACGGUCUCCAUCCCGCCGGUCAUCCCCAGCACGACCCGCCACCUUUUGCCUCCUACGGCCGGCCCGGGCCCUAUCCCUACACCGGCGGUGCCCCCCCGCCACCCCACGGGGGUCCCUACCUGCCUUACCCACCCCCCGGUGCCCAGCAUCCCCCGGCGGGGCUGGCCCACGGCGGCAGACUGCAGGACGCAGAACACGAGAAGCCCCCGGCCAUCGCCAACGGGGAGUUGCGCAUCAACGGCAAAGGGAAGAAGCUGCGCAAGCCGCGCACCAUCUACUCCAGCCUGCAGCUGCAAGCUCUCAACCAGCGUUUCCAGCAGACCCAGUACCUGGCGCUGCCGGAGCGUGCCGAGCUGGCGGCCCAGCUGGGGCUCACCCAGACCCAGGUCAAGAUCUGGUUCCAGAACAAGCGCUCCAAGUACAAGAAGAUCAUGAAGCAGGGCUCGAGCGCGCCCGAUGGGGAGCACCUCCACACCGCCGCCUCCCUCUCCCCCUGCUCCCCCAACAUCCCCCCGCUCUGGGACAUCCCCGUGCCGGGCAAAGGGGCCCCCCUGGCCCCCAGCAGCUACAUCAACAGCUUCGGAGCCUGGUACCAGCCGCACCCGCAGGAUGCCAUCCCCCGAGCCCCCAUGAUGUGAUGCUGCCACGGAUCCAGCAACCGCCGGCUCCGGGAGGGCCAGCGAGGUGGGGGGGAUGCUCUGCCGCUCCCCCCCCCAGGGACCAGGGAGCCCAGCAAAGCCCUGGGGGACCCCAGUGAAUGGAGAAGGAGGAAGAGGAGGAGGAAGGCGAUUGCGGUCUGCAGGAACCUGGACAUCGCCUGCUCCAUCGCGGUCUGAAGUGAGACAGCUCCAGCACAGCACCCUGGUGCGCCCGUCCCGGCAGGACAGGACUUGGCCUCCAGCUGUAGCCCCGCGUCCCUCCGUUCAUGGACAUGGGGCAGGGGGGGCCCCGAGAGGGGCUGGGGGGCUGGGGAGUCUCUGGACCCCCCCGGUGUGGCCUUAUUUAUAAAUACCGUUCAUUAUUGUAUGUGCCCCCCCCUUUAUAAAUAGGCUGUACACUUGUAAAGACUGCUCCUCCGUACCUGCUGCUCCCUUUAGGGGGGUCUGUCCCUGGUUUGGGGGAGAUGCUUUGGUCCCGGUCCUCGGAGGAUCCCGUCUCCAAAAGCUCCUGGGAAUAUAGCCCUGCGGGGAUAGAGGCAUUGGAGCAGGGGGCUGGGGCUGUGUCCACCCCCCAGACAUCUGUGCGGGACCCGCCGCUAUUUUCAGACAUGCAAUCGCUCCCCCAAAAUGGAGGCGCAAUUAUAGUAAUUGUGGACCUGGGCCCCUCGGUGAGGGGCUUCUCGCCGCCUCCUCGGGGUAAUUACGGGCAAUUUAGAGCUGUUGAAGAUGUCUCCCUUAAUAGGGGUGGGAGAGGGAGGGCAGGGGGACGCGGGGCAGGCUGGGGACCCUGGGGCAGGUCGAGCCUGGGGUUACUACCCCACGUCUCCAGCAGCCCCCGUGAAUACCUGGCCCGGGGAGCGAGGGUAUUUUGGCAA